GGAAUUAAAUCUUCGAAAUUUCGUGGGACUCGAAGAGUUGAAGAGCGUGCUUCCUUAAUCCAAAGCACAGUUUCGAAGGCUCCUCCAAUAAAAUCCAGCAAUGGGGAGAGCGUUUGUGUACGUGAUAGUAGGCGGAGGCGUGGCAGCCGGCUACGCCGCCCUUGAAUUCACCAAGAAAGGAGUCUCUCAUGGCGAGCUCUGCAUCAUUUCUGAAGAAUCUGUUGCGCCUUAUGAGAGACCGGCCUUAAGCAAAGGUUAUCUUCUACCAGAAGGCCCAGCACGCCUCCCAUCCUUCCACACUUGUGUAGGUGCUAAUGAGGAAAGGUUAACGCCAAAAUGGUACAAGGAACAUGGGAUUGAACUGGUUCUUGGAACACGGGUUAAGUCUGCAGAUGUCAAGCGGAAAACGUUGGUAACAACCACUGGUGAAACUAUAAGCUACAAAAUUCUCAUCAUUGCAACAGGUGCUCGGGCUUUGAAGCUUGAAGAGUUUGGACUUGGCGGAUCAGAUGCUGGCAAUGUCUGCUAUUUACGUGACUUGGCUGAUGCAGAUAGGCUGGUUAAUGUUAUGCAAUCCUGUAUUGGUAAGAAUGCCGUUGUAAUUGGUGGUGGAUACAUAGGAAUGGAGUGUGCUGCAUCUUUGGCAAUAAACAAGAUAAAUGUCACCAUGGUUUUCCCAGAGGCACAUUGCAUGGCCCGUUUAUUUACACCCAAGAUUGCUAGUUACUAUGAGAAGUAUUACAUGGCUAAAGGAGUGAAGUUCAUUAAAGGAACUGUUAUGUCAUCUUUUGAACUGAACACUGAUGGAAUGGUUACAGGAGUUAAACUUAGGAAUGAGAAUCGUCUUCCCGCAGAUAUGGUUGUGGUGGGAAUUGGAAUCCGUGCUAACACAUCCCUAUUUGAAGGCCAACUAACUCUGGAGAAGGGAGGGAUUAAGGUGAACGGGAAAAUGCAGACGAGCAACAGCUCAGUCUAUGCCAUUGGUGAUGUUGCCGCAUUUCCUGUCAAACUUUUUGGCGAAACCCGCAGGCUUGAACACGUUGACUCCGCGCGAAAAUCAGCUCGGCACGCUGUGGCCGCAAUCAUGGAGCCGGAGAAGACCGGCGAAUUCGACUACCUGCCAUUCUUCUACUCCCGCGUCUUCACCUUGUCUUGGCAGUUCUACGGGGACAAUGCAGGCGAGGUUGUCCACUUCGGGGAUUUUGAAGGAAAGACCAUCGGGGCUUAUUGGGUUAGCAAGGGUCAUCUUGUGGGUUCGUUCCUAGAAGGCGGAACCAAGGAGCAGUACGAGGCUAUAUCCAACGUCACGAUGCUCAAGCCAGCAAUCGAAGAUUUAGCCGAGCUUGAGCGACAGGGUCUGGAAUUCGCUUUGGCAGCAAACCAGAAGCCGUUGCCACCGCCUCCACAGCCCCAGGCUCCUGAUGUCAGGGGCUCUGCCUUGGCUCUGGACAAGCCUCUAUAUGCGUGGCACGCAACUGCCGGAGUAGUAGUUGCGACGUCGGUAGCUGCGUUUGCGUAUUGGUAUGGGUGGAGACGCAAAAGGUGGUGAGGGAGUUGGCAAUGUAUGUGGCAAUGGGGGGAGUGGAUCCGUGUAGUCGAUGGUUGAUAAUAACCAUGUUGUAACAGGUUAUACAGUUGGGGAAUUUAAUAUACUUGCUGUCUUAUGCCAUAUAUAGUUGUUACCUCAAUUCCAAUAUCAAUGCACUUUAUCAGGUUUCCGUCGA